GUAGCGGACAAAAAAAUACGUUACAAAACUCGAGCACGCACUUUGAUUCCCGCGCCCGAACCAAGCACGCAGACUUUCUUCAAAUUUACGGACGUAAGAAAACCUGGCGAAACCAUAUAUUUUCUGACACGUCCUUCGUAGUUUUACCCCUGUCAUGCCCAGCACGCUUUUCCCGACCAUGGAGCGGCCGCAUACCGACGAAGUGGGCCUGGAAAACCAAGAACAAACCCUUCAAAUGGCGCUGAAUUUGUCCAUGUUGGGCCUGCAGCAUGUCCACAGCGAAGACGAGGGAUCUCUAGCCAACACGUACGACGAAAACAGCCGAAGGAGCAGCAAUAUGACGGAAUGUGUACCCGUCCCAAGCUCGGAACAUGUCGCUGAAAUAGUAGGAAGACAAGGUUGCAAAAUCAAGGCACUGAGAGCAAAGACAAACACCUACAUCAAGACGCCAGUCCGUGGAGAAGACCCGAUUUUUGUUGUCACUGGAAGGAAAGAGGAUGUUGCCGCUGCCAAGCGGGAGAUCCUGUCGGCUGCUGACCACUUCAGCCAGAUCAGGGCACGUCGCAACAAUCAGGUGCACGGUGCGGUGAAUGGUACCACAGGAGCUGGUGGUGGUGGAGUCAAUGGAUCCCUGACUGUCCCUAACUUACCAGGACAAACCACCAUUCAUGUCAAAGUGCCGUACCGCGUCGUAGGCCUUGUGGUGGGCCCCAAGGGAUCCACCGUCAAGAGAAUCCAGCAGCAGACUAAUACGUACAUCAUCACUCCAAGCCGUGACAAUCAGCCCGUCUUUGUCGUCACCGGCAUGCCGGAGAACGUGGAGAGAGCCAGAGAGGAGAUAGAAGCCCACAUCGCACUACGCACCGGCGGCCUGAUCGAUUCCAGUGCUGAGGAGAAUGAUUUUGCUUCCAAUGGCACAGACACCGGUCUGUUCAGCCACCGCCAUGAUUCGUCCGUCUUCAAGCCCCCACCCUCGACCACGGCUUCUAUAUCGGCACUUACCAAUAUCUUCAACCCUAUGGUGGGUGGGAAGAAUGACCAGCCACGUGCCAACGGCGUGGGAAGUGAGAGCAACUACUUCUUUCCCAACACCAACGGAACCAGCAACGGUUCCACAAAGCUGAAUGAGUUUAAUCCCUUGCCGUCAUUCCCGACCAAUGGUUUUCUGUUCAACGAUUGCCCAUCCCCUGAUCUGGGGAUCGAUUCGCCAGGGUUUGAUCUACCAGGGCUGCAGUCUGCAGGUAACCAGUCUCUGUGGCAGGACCUGACGCGGUGCAGUCUGGGCUUGAACCCUGUGACCACUCAGCAUCAAGCACCGCGACGAAGCAGCAGCGUGAGUACCUCGGCUCCCACAUCUGGUGUGGAUGCCAACGCUAACGAGCAUCCACCUGCUAGGCGCAUUCGCAGCGAUCCUCUUGAGGGUGGCCUGUCUGCUUUGCCUUCGUUCGUGCCGCUGUCAAAUGCCAAUGCAUUUGCUUCCAGCAAUUCUGCGGGCAGCCAUGGCAGUUCAUGCAGCAGUCCCACUGAUUCGUUGGGAUCGUCCUCCGCGGCCAAAAAGAGCAAAGAGUGCGUGGUAUGCUUCACCAGUGAGGUAGUCGCUGCACUGGUGCCCUGUGGUCACAAUAUGUUCUGUAUGGACUGUGCAAAUCGCCUUGUGGAAACCACUGAUGGCGAAUGCCCCGUCUGCCAAACAGUGGUGACCCAGGCCAUUCGCAUUUUCACCUAAAGCAUUGUACUAAUGUAUCCGCAUUAUGGUAGUACUCGCCACAGAAUUGUUGCAUUUCGUAAUAUAGAUGUUGAUGAAAUUAAAUGUUAUUGGACUGUCAAAAUAUUAAAAAAAGUUCAUCGUUGCAUAUUGUAUAGCAAAACAGAUUAUGGCAUAAACUAAAAAUUUUAUUCUUCAACUUUAAAGAAAAGAGGUCUAUUUCAUACAAAGAAUGUCUACUGAAUAAAGAUCUUAUUUAAUUUACGAGGGAAAUCAUCUGGGUUUUAACAGAGCUUUAUGUAGCAUGUAUUUAAUGCAAGAAUAAUUAUUGAAAAGACAGAGUAUUUACUAUUAACUGUAUAGUUUUCAUUUAUUUCUUAUAUGAUUAUCUCAAAUGAAUGUAACCCGUAACACUUUCAGUUGGGACAAUUUGAAAAUGAAAUAUAUCAGAUUUUUUGUCUAUACAUUAUAUUUUACCCUGUCAGAUGAACUUAUUUAGCGCAUACCCUAGACUUAUUUUAUUGUAUACAAAUUAGGACCCUGUAUCAUAUUGGUGCCCGGCUGAAUGUCUCAAGUGAAUUUUUUUUUUGUCGUGCAUAUCCACGUCAAAAAAGAUAUUUGUAUAAAUAGUUCAGAGAAGUGUCUUGUGAUUUCGUUGCAUGUGUAGUGAGAGUCUUAUUUUUUAAUAUAUUCCAAACAGUUCUUGUGUACCUGUAUAUGUAGGUGUGUUAUUUGACCAAAUAUUCCAUGUUCUAACAAAAAAAGUUAACUAUCGUUAAGAAAUGCAAAAGAUAUUUUUUAUUUUCCUGUUGGCCCAUUAUCCUCAUUCGGCCAUGAACGUUACUAAUGUUGUUAUAUUUGCUGAGACUUUGAAGAAAUUAUAAUAUUGUAAGAGUUUAUUUUUUUGGUCGUGAAAGAAAAAAAAAUUGACGUUUAAUUAAGAUGUUGAAAUUUUUCAGAUUGUGUGCUGGUUUUUUGUACUUUGGUAGUUAUUCAACUGAAUCGAAAAGCAAUGUUCUUAUACAACUAUUGCAGGUUGAUUCCUAAAAAAAAAAAUUUAAAAAGAGAAGCACAUUAUUUUUGUAGCCCAUUUAUAUUCAUAGUGAUCAUUUUCACUGCAUUUAUGUUGAUAACUCGUUAUAUUUUUGGCAUACCUCUGUGUGCAACUAACCAUUCUAGGUGUCGUGUAUUAAAUGCAAAGCAUUUGUUCCUGAUGUUUGAAAAGCUAGUUGGCGGUUGCCAACUGCCUUUAUACGCUCUGGAUUUUCUGCAAUUUUUUUAUUUUUUUAACUAGCUGCCAAAAUUUAAAAAACCAAGUAGAAGAGGAACUAAAAAAAAAAAGACUUGCAAAGAUUAUUCCAAAUUCAGGGAUGGCCAGGUCGCCGUUACCGAAAUCCUUGGCAAGAUGCACCCGUUGAAUGUAUGUUGAAAAUCCGGGUUUUAUUUUUUUCCUUAAUUUUGAUUUAAGUGCUGCAAGUGUGUUCGAGAAAGGGGCGGUGAGAGAGAGUUAAAACUCAUUUACUUUUUAUUAUGAAAUGACACUUAGAAAUGCUUAAUAUAUUUUGUUGGUGUAACCGCGCCUAUUACAGUAGCAAUGAAUAAUAUUCGCCCUUCAAAUACAGUGUAUUUCCUUUUGUUAAUGGAUGGAUUUAGGAAUGUAUGCGUUACAGCAGUACUCAAAUGUUGUUGGCUCUUAUCAGAAAAUAUGCCGUGGUUGAUGUAUUUAUACGCUUCAAUGAUGUUGAGAUUCCACAGUUUAAUCAUUCAGUGUUUUACCGCUUUCUUACUAACCGAAGAAUUAUUAACCACGAUGUUAUGUGAGGUAUAUAAGAAUAUGUAUUUUUAAAGGGAGAAUGUAUUAAUGGUGCACAUCCUUAAUUUUUGUCAACUGUACCUUCUACGGCAUUUCAAAAUGUAUUUUUGUCGCAUGCAGACACGAGAGUUAAAACAAGAAUUUCUAGUUUUUUUCGGGCAGCUGUCCAGCUCUCCAUGAAAUAAUUAAAGAUUACUUUGCACUAUGCAAGAACUCCAAGCCCACGCCUUUCUGGCAUGAGAAAUAAACAAAAGUAAAGAUUAUAUAUUUACAAUAAGACCGACAGUACCAAGACGCGUUAGUUAGAUUUUUCUAUGAAUACUAAAUGAAAAAGACUGUAUGACAAAACCUUUUGAGAUGUUUUACCAAAAACAACAGCAAUUUGAGACGAAAAACCAAAACAAAAUGACCUACUUCCCUGUUUACGAUAAUGUUUAGAACUUGGCUUUCUCAGUAUUCAUUGUUCAGGUGUUUUUUAAAACCAGUACUGACUGACUCUCUCCCUCUAUUGUCUAUUUCUGCUUUAAGCAUCAGGGCCUGAACUGGUAAGAAAAGUAAUGUUAGCUCGAUAAAACAAAUUAUGAAAUAUUUUAUUAACUUACGACAGAAAGAGAAAUGUGCACACUUCCAGUAUGUCUUGCACAUUUCAUUAUAAUUUUUUGUAUUUUUGGUAUUAAUUAAAUUUUUGAAAGUUUUUAAAGAAAAGUGUUUUUGAAUUGCCUAAAUUAUUAUAUUCCAAAAAAAAAAAUUAAAUAAAAAGUUAUGUUAAUGGAGCAAUAAAGCAAGGUAUUGAGUUGCUGGUAGUGCAGUUUUUCUAUUUUCUAUUGAAAUGGUCCUUGGAAGUAGCUUAUUCUGACAGUGUGGUCAAAAGCCAACUUGAUAAACAACUAACUUAAACAUGUACAGUGUAGUUCAUGUAAACCUCUUUGCUUGCUUUUAGCAACGUGAAAAUCAACAUCAAUUUAUGUUUUUUUUUGCAAGGUAGACUGUUAACGUGUUUUGCGAAUCUUGGUGUUUUAUUUUUAGCUGGUUGUAGAACUGCUGUCUGGAUAGGUUACGCUCCAUUGUUUCUAAAAAAUCAACUUGUGUCUUUACAAAAGUGGAAUACGUCAAUCUGUGAUUUGCCAAGCUUUUUGACAUGGGCAGAGCGCAGCCCUUGCUCACGUUUCAUUUGAUUACAAAUUAGCCGAUGCCGUCUAGCAUUCACUGCCUCGCAACCAAGCGCAUACCUGCAGUCUUACUGACCCAGCUGAAAGUGUCCAAUGUCUGACGAGAAUAUUUUUCACGCGGCUCACUGCGAAGGGUGGGUUUUGCGUGCUAAACGGCAUCUUGUAGUGUUUUUUAACUAUUAAUAAAUUGAAAUCAGUAUUCUUAUAAUGUAUGCAAUUUUAUUCAGAAACCAUUUAUAUUCAUGUACAUGUAUUUUUGUUUCUGUACAAUUUAAAUGAUUAAAUGUUACUUAUUUCUUAUUUAACUGUUAUUUGAAA